UCGUUUACCAUAACAUCCACAUUGGUAGCUGCUGAAAGAGGAGAGAGAGAGAGAGAGAGAGAGAGAGAGAGAGAUAAUGGGACACGCAUGAACGAAAGUUUGAGCUGAGAGAAGUUUGUGUCCGUGUGUUUCCGAGCGCGCGGUGUCGAAAGAAAACUUCAAGUUAGACAGCGGCGGAGAGUGACGGACACUAUUAGUGACUAUAUGUGCGCUGGACAAACCUAGACAGAUAUAAAGUGGUCUGUGGUGGAAUUUAACAUCUGUAUGAAAGCCGCCCCUGUGAAGAAGUGGAUGUUCUCGAUGUUCUUUGGCAAGAAGUUGAUCUGAGAGUGAGUCCCUUGACUGGCAGACCUCUGAGGUUGGAUAACGGCUAACACUUUCUGCCGAAACAUUCACCACAGGAGGAUUCAAGAUCCAUAAAAAUGUUAUAAAGGUCUCCGUCCAUCAGGCUGGGAGCUGUGCUGGUUCUAACCUGAAUUUCAUCCAGCCAGAAAGUGGAAAAAGAGACGUCAGUCGGGCAAACAAGUGAACAUUCACACAAGCAUGUUAAGAGCGCCAUAACUGUAGCCAGGCUGGUCUAAAGUCAUGGUGUAGUUUCUCUGGAGGCUGGAGAUGCUCCUAUUUUGGUGACUUUCCAACUGCUGGUCUAGUGCGUACAAGUGGAACACGUUAAAAAAGACGUUAAAAGAGCGCAAAUGUCUACCUGCAGCAGCUCAUCCCCUCCAUCUUUUCCAAAAGCGUUCGGCCUUGCCCAGCAUCAUGCUGCUCCUUUGGCCCCUCCGCCGUCCCCCAGUCCUCCGUCCACUGUCUCCAGCCGGCUCUCCAAUGGCAGCACGAGCGCUCCGAGCCCAACCAACUCCAGGGGGUCCUUCCACGGUGUUUCCUUUCUUCUGCAGAUCGGACUAACCAGGGAGGCUGUUAACCUGGACGCCAGUGAUGUUUCCCUUUCAGCGGUGAAAGAUCUUGUGUGUUCAAUAGUCGACCAAAAGUUUCCAGAAUGUGGAUUCUUUGGCAUGUACGACAAGAUCCUGCUCUUUCGCCACGACUUGAACUCAGACAACAUCCUGCAGCGGCUGACGUCAGCUGAAGACAUCCACGAAGGAGAUCUAAUAGAGGUGGUGCUCUCAGCUCUGGCCACUGUUGAGGACUUCCAGAUCCGUCCUCAUGCUCUAUAUGUUCACUCCUACAAAGCUCCAGCCUUCUGUGACGACUGUGGGGAGAUGCUGUGGGGGCUUGUACGGCAAGGCCUCAAAUGUGAAGGCUGUGGGCUUAAUUACCACAAACGCUGCGCAUUUAAAAUCCCCAACAACUGCAGUGGAGUGCGAAAGAGACGGCUGUCCAACGUGUCCCUCCCAGGCCCCUCGCUGUCGGUCCCUCGGCCUGCGGCCCCUGAAAGUGUGGUGGUGUUCCCAGAGGAGCAGAGGCCAUUAUUGGAGGCUGGGAAGCGCAUUCCAUCAUGGAGCGGUCGGCCCAUCUGGAUGGAAAAGAUGGUGUUGGGGCGGGUCAAAGUGCCCCACACCUUCAACGUGCACACAUACACACGCCCCACCAUCUGCCAGUACUGCAAGCGCCUGCUCAAGGGCCUCUUCCGCCAGGGAAUGCAGUGCAAAGAUUGCAAAUUCAACUGCCAUAAGAGAUGUGCCUCCAAGGUACCAAGAGACUGCUUGGGUGAGGUUGUGUUCAACGGAGAGCCAGCAAGUCCAGGGCCUGACUCUGAGGUCACUAUGGAAGUGGACAGCAGUGACGCGAACAGUGAGGCCAGUCGUAUAAUGGAUGAUGCUGAGGAGGUUUCCAAUCUGGAAGACAAAAGCUUCUUCAUGGAUGCUGCAUUCAUGGAUGGGGAGAAAGAUGAGGAAACAGUGAAGGCCAUCAGUCCGUCCACCAGCACUAACAUCCCUCUGAUGCGUGUGGUUCAGUCCAUCAAACACACCAAAAGACGCAGCUCCACCUUGGUGAAGGAGGGCUGGAUGGUGCACUACACCAGCCGAGACAACCUGAGGAAAAGACAUUACUGGCGGCUGGACAGCAAGAGUCUGACCCUUUUCCAGAAUGAUUCUGGAGCCAAAUACUACAAGGAGAUCCCCCUGUCGGAGAUUCUUCAGGUGGAGUCAGCGCGGGACUUCACUAGCCUGGCUCAAGGAGGAAAUCCACAUUGUUUUGAGAUCAUCACAGACAAUAUGGUUUAUUAUGUUGGGGAGAACACAGGCAGCUUGCAGCCGCACCCCAGCCUAGCGGCGAGCGGAGUGGGGAUGGAGGUGGCUCAGAGCUGGGAAAAGGCCAUCCGCCAGGCCUUAAUGCCCGUCACCCCACAGCCCAGCGUCUGCAGCGGCCCGGGACAGGGCAAGGACCACAAAGAGCUUUCCAUCAGCAUAUCAGUAUCCAAUUCACAGAUUAAGGAGAAUGUGGAUAUCAGCUCAGUGUACCAGAUCUUUGCUGAUGAGGUGCUGGGAUCAGGACAGUUUGGGAUUGUAUAUGGAGGCAAACACAGAAAAACAAAGAGGGAUGUUGCCAUUAAAGUUAUAGACAAGAUGAGAUUUCCCACCAAGCAAGAGAGCCAGCUGAGGAACGAAGUGGCCAUUUUGCAGAAUCUGCACCACCCUGGCAUUGUAAACCUCGAGUGUAUGUUUGAGACUCCUGAGCGCGUGUUUGUUGUCAUGGAGAAGCUCCAUGGUGAUAUGCUGGAGAUGAUUCUGUCCAGCGAGAAGAGUCGACUUCCUGAGCGCCUCACCAAAUUCCUGGUGACCCAGAUUCUGGUGGCUCUUAGACACCUUCAUUUUAAGAACAUCGUCCAUUGUGAUUUGAAGCCGGAAAAUGUACUUCUGGCCUCAGCAGAGCCUUUUCCACAGGUGAAGCUGUGUGACUUUGGCUUUGCUCGUAUCAUUGGGGAAAAAUCAUUCAGGCGGUCAGUUGUGGGCACUCCAGCAUAUCUGGCCCCUGAGGUGCUGCGGAGUAAGGGCUAUAACCGCUCUCUGGACAUGUGGUCAGUGGGGGUCAUUGUCUACGUGAGCCUGAGCGGCACCUUCCCCUUUAAUGAGGACGAGGACAUUAAUGACCAGAUCCAGAACGCUGCCUUCAUGUACCCGCCCAACCCCUGGAAGGAAAUCUCUGGGGAAGCAAUUGACUUGAUCAACAAUCUACUUCAAGUGAAGAUGAGAAAGCGCUUCAGUGUAGAUAAAUCUCUCAGUCACCCCUGGCUUCAGGACUAUCAGACAUGGCUGGAUCUUCGAGACUUUGAAACUCGGAGAGGAGAGCGCUACAUCACUCACGAAAGUGACGAUGCACGCUGGGAGGAAUAUGCCGAUGAGAGGCGUCUGCCCUAUCCAAAGCACUUCAUUAUGGCGCCUAACCUGGAUGAUAUGGAGGAGGACCCCUAGUGGCCAGGAGGACUUAAUACACCUGUUUCAGAAAGAGAUAGAAGGGCUAAUGCUGCUCUAAAGGUGCUCUGGCCCUUCACCCUAGCCACUGCAGAGACUGGGAGUAUGAAGUGGAAAAGUACCUGCCGUCAUGUUCUGAUGACGCUUAAAGUGAAUGUGAACAGGAAGUAAUUACCCACGUAGCAACUGUGAAGAGUAGCUCAGUACUGUGGGAAACCAGUGCAAGGGCACAAUGCGCGUCUUCAGGCUGUUUUCCUUUCAUUACAUUCCAGAGACAUGAUGUGGCGUUCCCUCGCUCUCUCUCUCUCUCUCUCUCUCUCUCUCUCUCUCUCUCUCUUCACUUGCCGCCUUUUCAGCAAUCUAUAACUUACAAGUCUCUCGAGCCAGAGUGAGGAGUGUUUGGGAAUUCUCCUUUUAACAGUAAUAAACAUUUGCACUGCCACACUCCACCCACACAAGGCACUAUGAGUUUGGACCAAACCCACAUGAGGUGGACUAAAUGGGAGCUUUGUAGCCUGUAAAGCUAUAUUUUUCUACUUUCAUUGUGAGUGUUACACAAUUUACAGAAAUUCGAUGUUAUACACAAUAUUGAUAUUUUAAUAAGUUCUUUUUUUGUGUAGAGGAAGUAGUAUGCUGGAGGUGUAUGAGGAGUAUUGAUUCUGAACUGGAACACAGAGCAUGUGUAUGCAGUAGGGCUAAGGAGACUGAGGCUAUGGCGAAAUGAAGAGAAUAAGAACGAUAAACAUCUACACUCAUGUGUGGAAAACUCCAAUGACACGGCCUAAAAAUAUGGCUUAACAUAAAAUACAUUACCAGUCUAAGUGAACAUAGUGACCAGUCAGAUGCAUCAAGGCAUCAGUUUUUUUCUCAUUGAUGCCAACAGGCACAUUUACGGGAGCCUGUUUAGGCUAAUUGGAAAAUAAAGUUACGAGAAAAUAUCUUACAAUAAUGAGAUACUGUCUGAUACUGAUAUUAAAACUUAAUUAUGAGGUGUUGUGAGAUAAUUCUAAGAUACUCAUAAUUAUGAUACAGUACGUCAUAUAUAUGAGAAAAUCUCGUUAUGAGAGUAAAUUUUUUAAAUAGUAUGUUAUAUUGUGAGAUUCUCACAAUUAUUUCUCAUCGGAACUGCGAGGUAAAAUAGAAAGUCAUAAUUUUUAUGAGUUGUAAGAAAGUAAUAAAGUAUCUUGUAAAUGUGAGAUUGUAUCUCAUAGUUGUGAGAAACUUUCUCGUUAGUAUGAGCUGCUAAGUGGUUUAAUGGUGCAAAUGGUCUUUCAUACAUGCCAUGGCAUUAAGAUAUGGCUUUAGAUGGCCAUAGUGGCCAAUCAGAACCAUCAAUGUAUCAGUUUUUUUCAUUCUUUCACACAUAAUCUUUUUUGAGAGCCUGUUUCUGCAGACUGGAGAAAUGAGCCAGUCAUAAUAACAAGAAAUAAUUAUGACUUAGUAGCUCAUAAUGAUAAUCAACGUACUGUUUAUGUCACAAUGAGAUACUAAGUAAUGAUUAUGAGACAGUAGAUUUUAAUUGAGAUAUCUCAUAAGUCAGAAAUAUGACGGGAGAGUCAGGUAUGAGAAAAUCUCAUUAUGAGUAAGUCAAUUAUUCAACCAUGACACAGUAAGUUAUAUUAUGAGAUAAGUUAUUAAGCCAUACUUAUGAGGUAAGUUGUAAUCAUGAGAUUUUUUUUAAUAGUUCAAACAGUUUUCCACACAUUUCAUAAGCUUCUGAUGUCUCCUGGAAAAGGCUGCAAGUUGCUGGCAAGUUUAAAAAUAAUCUUCGUCCUCUGCAGCUGAGAUACGAAGGAAAACAAAUGGAGUUGAUUUGACUGAAACAACCUGAGAAUUCCCCAAUUUAAACACUAUAGAUUUGAUGGUUUGGUUGGGUUAUUGAUCAUAAAUACUGAGAUUAUUUUGUUUGACCAAAAUUGUGUCUAAUUUUCCUUUGUUUGGUUUUGGUUUGUGUUGUUUUGAGGACGUUCUUUUUUGAUGUUAUGAUAGCCCUGUAGAGCUACACUCACUGUGAUAGUUUGGGACUGGUUUCAUAAUCGGAAAGCGUGCUGUACUUUUUUUCUUGAACUAACACUGUAUUCCUCCCUGUACAAAACUGCAAUAUAUUGAAAAUUCCAGCCUAUUGCAAUAUAUUCCGAUUUUUCUUUGGGGAUCUCUUCACCAUCACUGUGCUACGGUCCAGCAGAAAGCAGACUGAUGCUGAAGGGCCUGGUGUCCGCAGUGUUUCUGAAAAGUGUUGGGUUUUUUUUUUUUUCUUUUCUUCUAACAUAGGCUUGUUUCACUGGAUCACAGAAAUGUAUGAGAAUUACUCAAUGAAUUUUCAUUUUCCAGUUUCACAGUGGUGAUUUAUGAAUAGAUGGUGCGUCUCCUGCUGCUUUAGUGUCCCUAUUGUCACGUAUUAGCUUACUGACAGAGACAUUACAAACCAACUGUAAGCCAUAUUUGGGCUGUUUCACUUUUGACUAGCAUUUAAGUUCACAUUCUAUUCACCCUCAGGACAUGUGGUCUUUAUACUGUAACCUUAAAAUCCCUUUAACGUUAUUCAUUAUAGUAUUAAUUUCUAUUAAGACGUUUUUAUUGGAUCUUUUCUAAAAUUGAAGGAUGCAUUCUGAAGCCCUGUCCCUGGUGAGUGCAGUGAAUUAUGAAGAAAGAGGACUGUUUAUUUUCACUCAUAGUGUGCAGCAUGUCUUUUCCCUGUUGUUUCUCUCAUUUUUUUAUGUGAUUCAUUCCCUAAAGCCCAAAUUUAGAGGGAUUUCAGUAGAAUGGAGGUGUGUAAAAUAUGAUGCUAAUUUAAAAUACUUGUUUAGACAGUAUUAGCUCAAUGCAAAUGUCAUGGAAAAACGUCUGGAUAAUUCAAUGGGGGGAAAUUGAGGACAGAGGUUUGGGAGCCAUGUUGUGCUUCCUGUGAGUUGAGUUCAUGCUUCAGAAGACAGUCUGAUAAGCUGGGUGGAGGUAAGACAUGCCAUGUUUUUGUAGCACGUAAGGAAGAUGACGAUGUGAUCCUGAGAAUCAUUGUAAGUCUGGGUUGCCAUGGGACUGGCAACAGUCACUGUUUUGUAUAUUUUAGUAUUUACAUAUCUAAUAAAACCUUCCUCUUUA